CACCGAGGCACCGACCACCCGGCGCAAGAAGCUCCCGUACCUCCUUCCCGACAGACCGCCUGGCCCCCUCCCAUGCUCCGGAGUCCACACGGCCAUGGCCUUCCUCAAAACCCUAAACCCUCUCUUCCGUAGGAAUCUUGCCUUCCGGAACCCGAAGCCCCUCCUCUCCCCCAACCCCUUCCUGCCCCCCUCGCUCACCGCCGCCUGUCCCGCCCUCGCGCCCUUCGGCGCCGCCACACACCCACACGUCCUAGUCCGCUCCGGCGGAGCGCUGUUCCUCUCGUCCGCCCCAUGGAUGCUCUCGCAGCCCGCCUCGCCGCUCACCACCGCGGCUGCUGCUUUCCGCGCGAAGCUCCACAGGGCCUGCGCCAUUGCCGGCGGGGGUGCGCAGGCUGUGGUGGAAGCCGUACGGUGGGAGCCAAGGCGGGUCUACAGCAGCGAGGCUGCGGGUGCGGGUGGAGGUGAGAGGUUUCUGAAUCUGCCCAAUUUGGUGUCGAUCGGGCGCAUGGUGUCGGGUCCGGUCAUUGGAUGGAUGAUUGUGAAUGAAUGGUAUCUUCCUGCUUUCGGCACAUUAGCUUUGUCAGGUGCAAGUGAUUGGUUGGAUGGGUUUUUAGCAAGAAAGAUGGGCAUCAAUUCUGUGUUUGGAUCAUAUCUGGACCCAUUGGCUGACAAGGUGUUGAUUUGCUCUGUUGCGGUAGCAAUGGUUGAAAAUGAGCUAUUACAUCCGGGGCUUGUUGGCCUGGUGGUUGUAAGAGACUUGCUCCUGGUGGGUGGCGCUGUCUACAAACGAGCUUCCAGCCUUGGAUGGAAGUGGAACAGCUGGUCAGACUUUGUUAACCUAGAUGCAAUUCACCGUGAGAAGGUUGAACCUCUUUUCAUUAGCAAGGUAAAUACAGUGUUCCAGUUGAUGUUGGUUGCUGGUGCACUCCUUCAGCCAGAAUUUGGCACAGUGGAAACUCAGAAUUAUAUUACAUACUUGAGUUUGCUCGUAGCUACUACAACGGUGGCAUCCACAGUAGGUUAUGGUGUGAAAUACUAUCAGAUAAGACCAAGGGCAUGAUGGCUGUUGUCUACUACAUUUUCUUUUUCAUGGCUGAUUGUGCUGCUGCUGCUGAUGAGAUAUCAGUGUCCCAGAAUUACGGGAACUUGUGGUCUUCCUUUUUGCAAGACUGGACAGAUCGCAACUCAUGAAUUCAGCAUUUCAAUGGCGUAGUAUACCAAACAUUUGAAGAAAUUGAAGGAAGAUCAGUUUUUUCAAUGAAAUCGGCAGAUGUUUGUUACAUUAGGACCUCUUCCCAGUAGCAGUUUAGUCUAGUUCCUUUUACUUGUAGUUUAGACACUGAUUAGAUUUUGAAGUUUUUGUACGACGUGUUGUGUAUUUUUGGCUUGAGAGUGCUCAUCAAGUUACUGAAAGGCAAGCCAGCUGGAACUGUGUUCCUUGCUUUGUCCAAAGACAUCAGCUCUUUAACUCUUUUGCCCUACCGCUUCAAGUCGUAUUUGGGAAUAGUAACUGUUUUUGUUUACAGCUGGGAAUAGUAACUGUUAGUUUUGUUUCGUAAA